UGCUCUUCCCGACCGCCACAAGCCCCGAGGAUGACGAGUGCCGCAGCAGCAGCCGUGCUGGAGCUGGCGGCGUUGCGCAUCCGCAUCGAUGCGGUAGCAUCGGACACCCUCGCCAUCCAGCACACGCUCGACUCAUAUCGGGAUGACCCGUUGCAGGCGGUCGCGGCGAUCGACGCGCAGAUGCGUGACCAUGCGGCUUUACAAGAAGCCCACUUUGCGAUGCAGCUCGCGCUGGAGGGCGUUGGAGGGCCAGCCCGGGACGCGAAGAUGUGGAUCGGGGAGCUGGAGAGGCGGCUUGCGCGGCUGGAGGUAGAGGCGGAGAGUGAGCUGAGUGAGUUGAGCGACAGUGAAGAGGAGUCAAGGACGCGGAGCGGCGUGAAGAGCCGGAAUAUGGCUGCAACGGCAACGAAGGCUGGGCCGUCGCGAAUAGAUAGUAAACGGGCAGCGACAGACCGCACCUCCCGUAUGAUCCAGUCUCCGCCCUCGAACAAAAUCGGCACGACGAGAAGCGGGGAGAGUGAAUCGGAGUCGGAGGUGGAGCAGUACACCGAGAUCAGGACGAGGAGCAUGAGGAAACCGAAUACGCCUACGACAAUCGCCACAACGAAAAGGCCGUCGACGGACAUCGGGAUACAGACGAGCAGCGUGAAACGAGCAAACACCCAUCCAACAACCGCCAGAAACAAUGCCAAACGGUCAAUUGCACCAAAAGCCCCAACUGCCCGGCCUCUCAGGCUCCCGGCAAUCACCAACCCGCCAAGUGUGCCUCCCGGCUUCCCCAGCUGGGCGCACCUCUACAACCUUCCUCCGAUGCGCAUCCUCUCCGCCGCCCAAGUGCAGCUCCCCGGCGCUGUCGUUGUUCCCUCCCACCCCUGCACGCGCUGUGUUCGGCUUGACGUCCCCUGCCUCGUGCUCGCUGCUUCGGCCUCAAAAGCAUGUCUUGUCUGCCGCACGGGAAAGCAACACGAGGCUUGUGUCUCCGGCCUGACGGCGCAGCCACACCCCCAUGCAGACGCUGUGGCUGCAUUUCAUAACCACACACUUGCGAUGGGCACGCGAUUGGGCUUGAGGAUGGGCGACGAGCCGCCGCCGGCGAAUGAACUGGGAAAACGCACAGCGAGGGCGGAGGAUAUCGAGACGGAAAGGUUGUCGACCAAGAAGAAGAAGCGGCGCAGAUGA